UAAUCCCAGGAGGCUCAUGUGGAAGCGAGAGUUCACGUCGGAUUUCACCGCACUGACCAAAGACGGAGCAGAAUGGAUAGCUCAGAACACAUCCCUUAAGCUCAUCGGUACGUUCCGUUUGGUGCUUCUUUGUUCUCACGCGCAUAUAUACAGGACUCGACUACCUUUCCGUCGGAGUUUACAACGAGCCGGAUGCGACGCACAAGCCCCUCCUGAGCAAGGGAGUCGUACUCGUGGAAGGAUUGAACUUGGACAACGUUCAAUCCGGUUUCUAUACGCUGAAUUGCCUUCCAGCAGCAUUAAUCGGCUCUGAUGGCUCGCCUACGAG